AAUAACCCAUAAUCGCCGGCCCAAACCCUUGCCAAACCCUAAAAUUCCCCAUUCCCCUUUGCUUAGGUUUUUCUUAUAUUGCCGCUGUCGUCAAGGUGGAACCGAAGUUUCUUCAGAUUCGUCAGAAUCGCGAAUUUCUGGUGUAAAGUGUAACCGAGUAAAAUGUCGAACCCGAGAGUCUUCUUUGACAUCCUGAUUGGAAAAAUGAAGGCGGGUCGGGUGGUAAUGGAGCUUUUUGCUGAUGUAACCCCGAAAACAGCGGAAAACUUCCGUGCUCUGUGCACUGGGGAGAAGGGCAUCGGGAGAGCCGGGAAGCCACUGCACUACAAAGGCUCAGCCUUUCACCGUAUAAUCCCGGGCUUCAUGUGCCAAGGUGGGGAUUUCACUCGUGGAAAUGGAACAGGAGGAGAAUCAAUCUACGGGGAUAGAUUUGAUGAUGAGAAUUUCAAGUUGAAGCACACGGGUCCAGGAAUUCUGUCGAUGGCCAAUGCAGGUGCCAACACGAAUGGGUCUCAGUUCUUCAUCUGUACAGAGGAAACAUCGUGGCUGAACGGGAAACACGUGGUGUUUGGAAAAGUCGUUGACGGGUAUGGCAUCGUGAAGGAGAUGGAGAAGGUCGGGUCGGACAGCGGAAGAACUACCCAGACAGUUGUCAUUGAAGAUUGUGGUGAGGUUAAACAGAACUGAGGAUAGGAAACUUUAAAGAGAAAUCCUCUCCGAGGGUUGAGCUUUCAGAACAGAACCCAUAAUAAGAAUGUAUGGCGUAUCUCAGUGUGAACAUCAGAACAUGUCAGCCACUAGAGGUGGUUUGUUCGGAUUUUAUUUCGGUUAACUGUUCGGUUCUUAUAUUGAAUUCGGGUAGUUUUGAUUCGGUUUU